UAAAUAGCUUCUUACAAGCAAAAAGAAAACAAGAAAUUAGUAAAAUCAGACGAAGCAGAAGUUUCAAUUAAACUAACGCAGCGCGUAACCGAAAGCAACACCAGAAGCGAGGCAAAAGUGCAAAUAAAAUCAGUUGUUCAGUGAUCUCAUCACCGCAAAAACAAAUUAUUUUAAACCGGCUGAGGCGUACACGAACUAUAAAUAGUAAACAACCACUGAGAAAUGUUGCUCUUAAAAUCCGUUCGAAAAGCGCCAACCCUGGUUAGUACAACAGCCAGAAUUAGUGGCCCAAGUCUAGUGGCAAGUCUUGAACAACACAGGAACUUGAUUCUUACAAACAAAGUAUUGUCCAAUGGAUUGAUCGGUGCACCGACAGCCGUUCGUUUCUAUGCGGACGAUGCCAAGCGGGAACAACAGAGCUCCAGAUCGACACCAAAUGCCCCAGCCCUCAGUUUGCCAGAUCGUAAACAAGUAGAAAGAUUCUUUUUUCGUGUGCUUGCACUUAUUUGGGAUAUAAGCAUAUGGACUUAUUUUAAUACCAAAAAAGCUAUUGAUACCCACAUUGUAGCCAAUGAUUCCGUACAAUGGUAUUGGAAGCGAUUGCAUGAACGAAUGGAGCAGGCUAAGAAGGAGUGGUGAAUUGUGUGUCGAUUUCGAAGAGCCAGAAACAUUUACACAUUUACAUUUAUAAAUGUUGACAAGAAGACAUUGUCACUUAUUAUUUUUAUGUGAAGUUCACUUUCACUUUUAGUUAGCUAUUACAUAUUAUGUAUUUGAGUGGACGAUCUUAAUAAUUAGUAGUA